UUUGGUGUUUUGAGUAUGGGUUUUGAGUCUUCCAACAGUUCUAAUAAACCCUUUUCGCUAAUUUGGUGAGAUAAUUCGGAACAACAUUGUAAGUUUAAUGCAAUCAAAAUGGUUAAACUUACUAAUGAGUUAAUACAAAACUCGAUGCAGUAUAUCAACCCAUGCAGAGACCGGGAAUUGGAUCUUAGAGGGUACAAAAUACCUCAAAUAGAAAAUUUAGGUGCUACUUUAGAUCAAUUUGACACAAUAGACUUCUCUGACAAUGAUAUCAGAAAGUUGGACGGAUUUCCUUUAUUGAAAAGGUUGAAGUGCUUGUUCUUUAACAACAAUAGAAUUGUGCGCCUUACUGAGGAUUUGGAACAGUACAUACCCAAUUUGGAGGUCUUAAUAUUAACUAACAAUAAUAUAACGGAACUUGGUGAUUUGGAUCCACUAGUGUCUCUACCAAAGCUAAAAACUCUUUCAUUGUUGCAUAACCCUGUGGCCAAUAAACAACACUAUAGAGCAUAUGUUGCAUAUAAACUGCCAGAGCUAAGAUUGUUAGAUUUUAGAAAGAUAAAGCAGAAAGAAAGAGAUGAAGCUAACACUUUAUUCAAAAGCAAGAAGGGCAAGGAAAUGCAGAAGGAAAUUUCAAGGAAAGCAAAGACAUUUGUGCCUGGAGGAAGUAUGCCUGAUCCAAAAGUUACAAAUCUUACUCCUCAAGAGAUCCACAAAAUUAGGGAGGCCAUUAAAAAUGCCUCUUCACUACAAGAGGUGGAACGUCUGACGAGGAUGUUGCAGUCAGGUCAAAUCCCUGGACAAAAACCAUUACAACCUCAAUCUCAGACAAAUGGACAACAAGCUGAAUAUGAGGAGAUGGAGACUGAAGAAACGAAUGGUCAAUAGCCGCAAGUCAGGUUUGCAGGUUUUUAGCUGUAAGAACAGAACUACACUCAGAAAAAGCCAGCAAAUGUGAAUAUUUUUGUCGCGAUUCUACGAAAUUUUAUAUUAUUACAUAGCAACACAUACAAGUGUUUUUAUGUUUAUAGUAUGUGAGAUGCAAACUUUAUAAUAAAUACAUACUAAGCAAUACGUCAGCACCUAAAAACCUAUUAGAUAUUUUAUUGUAACUAUCUAAGUGAAAUCAUGAAGAUCAUGUAAACAUGGGCAAGUCCAUAACCUACGCAUAAUUGAAACUCGCGCAGAAAUAUAUCGCUGUUUGGCUUUCGAAAACAACAAAAUAGUGUUCUAGUUUUAAGCUGAUAAGAAUGGAACUACAUGAAUAUUUUGCUAGAAAGACAGAUACUACAUAACUACAGAAGCCGAAAGAAACAUCAGAUAUUUAUGUUGAAAAGCAUGAUAAUAAUAAUUUAUUAUUGUGUUACUUUACUACACUAUGUCCGGCGAGGUUAUCCUGUAGGUAUCUUUUUGAUAUUUAGCUAAUAGUAGCAGCGCUAUCUGUUAUUUCAUACAAAACUGUCAUAUUGACAGGAAAUCACCACCUUUUUAUAUAUUUUUUGUAGUUCGUCAGAGAAAAAUCUAGGUUCCAUGGGGGAACUUUAGCAAAAUAGAAAAUAAAAGAAAUUAAUACACAGGAUGUGGGACUUAAGUACAUUGUACCUUAGGUCCAUUUUACUGCGAUGUUAUAUUGGUUCUACACUCAAGUACUACUCGCAAACCACAUGCUAAUACACUAAAUUUUUUCUAAGUUGACGUUACGAAAAUAAGCGUGAUCUAUUGAAUAAUAACAAAUAAAAUAAAAAGAUAUUUUUAUGUAUGUUCUUUUUCAUUACAUAAUUAUAAAAGGCAAUAGGAAACUGGAGUACCUACCUAAUGGGUAGGUAGGUACAAGACCGACGUAGCGCAAGAAUAAGAACAGCUUAAAUGUCUUAAACUCUUACAGGAUAAAACCGCUGAUUAGGUAAUGGGUCGAGAAGAGCAUUUCUUUUCUUUAAAAUAAAAAUAACUUUUAUCAAA